AUGGGACAGCAAAUUUCAAGAACUAGCAGUGUCGAGGCGCGCGAUCUACCGCCAAAUACCACGCACAUCACCUCGUUGCCGAAAACGAGUCUCUCGCGGUCGACUGCGGUAUCGUCCUCUGGAAAAUGGCGCAAGUUGACAGGGCUGCUUCGAAGAAGGCGAGGUUCCAGUUUCCAUGCCGAGCCAGCACGGAUGGUCAGCACGAGUCUGCUCUCUCCUGCACAGUCUUCUGUCGACGCUCUGCGAAACGCAUCCAGUAACCAGGUCAGCGACGUGGAGUCGGUCGCUCCGGCUCCGACAGAACCCGCACACAACGAUCUCCUGGAUUCCCAGUUCCGCACGCUGUCGAGUCUCUUGGAGAACGUCACCAUGAGCACGCUACGCCGUCUGAUCAACGUUGGAGACAGCUACUAUGGCGAAAGAAUGUAUCCUGAACAGAACAUCGAGGGCAGCACAGAUACCGAUUUCGCAAGUUUUGUUCAGGGCCUCAAUUCUGGCGACCUUUUACAACAGUCGCUUGGCACCCAGCUGGACAUGGGACGCACUCUCAGUUUUUUCAGAGCUUUCCGCUUCGACGACAGCUCCCAACUGGGAUAUAAUUCAACUUUGCACGAAUUCGAAAGACUGGUCCCUGUACUAAUUGUGGGGGUGGUGGGGCUCACCGACCCGGAUUCGCAGUCAGACCAGCACCGCUCCUGGGUGAUCAUUGUGAUGGCCCACCACUACUCGGUUUCGGAUCCUGUGUUGGGAUCAAUGGCCGUUUUCAUCGGGCUUUUGGCCAGCUACGUCGCCAGCACUAGCAAUAUCACUUUGGAAGGCCACUCAGAUUACUCGGAUACCCGCGUAAGCACAUUCAGAGACUCUCUCUAUCGCAUCUUCAGGGGCAGAAAGCUCUCGCAAACUGUACUGGACGAACACACCGAGUCUGUGUUUGAACUACAAAAUACUAACGAUAGAUGUCCGAUCUGUCUGGUCGAUUACGAAUCGGGUGAUCAGGGCCGUCGCCUUGAUUGUUGUCACGAGUUCCACAAGGACUGUGUGGAUCAGUGGCUUCUGAACGAUAAUACCUGUCCAAUAUGCCGGAGCCGUGCUAUAAGUACAGAAAUGGACUUUUAA